AUCUCACUUUGAACAGACCAAACAUUAUGGAGAGAAAGAAAGAAGAAAAAGAGCAACCUUGUGAUUCACGAGAUAACGCAAACCAUUGUCUCUCUUCCUACAAAAAAUAUCUCUCUUUUUAGUUUAUGUGUCUACAAAUCUUGUAAACUUAAUCUCUCUCUAUUCCUUAUCUCUGUCUCUGCUCUGUUUACUCUGCUUUGUAGAAUUUGUAAUGUUCAUUUGUUGUUAUCGUCUACUAAGGAAGUCAAAUAAUGGGUUGUUCUAGCUCGAGAACCAUAGCAGAAGGGAAAAAAGAAAAGAUUCGAAGACCAAAAACAUGGAAACAUCCUCAACCGAUAUCAAGCGCUGAGCUGACACAGAUGCGAGAGGAGUUCUGGGAUACAGCUCCUCACUAUGGAGGCAAGAAAGAGAUAUGGGAUGCGUUACGAGCAGCAGCAGAAGAGGAGGAUUUAUCGCUUGCGCAAACGAUACUUGAGAGUGCUGGUGUGAUUGUUCAGAACACUGACCUCACCAUUUGUUAUGACGAGAAAGGUUCAAAGUAUGAAUUGCCUAAAUACGUUCUCAGAGAUCCAUCAAAUUUGAUCCGAACCAAAUAGAGAAAAUUCAAAAACAAAAAAAAAGAAGAGUAAGAAGAAAGAGAAAAAGCUCGCUUGUGUAUGUAUGUACUCUAUGGAAUCAUGCUGUGUUUAAUUUAGUUAUGUUUUUCUUGUUUGGAUUUCUUACCUGUGUAUGUGAAAAUCUGGGAGGAGUGAAAUGGAUUACAAAGGUCCAUAAAUUUCUUUAUAAUUUUUCCAUAAAGAAGAACCUUUGAAUGCUCAAUAAAACUACGCUCAUACCAAAA